AUGACGGCUAGGGUUAAUGCCGUGAACAUCAGGAUCGGAGGUAUAGAGUGCUUUCACGCGAUUUCUAGAUUAAAGGUUAAUUUUCACAAAUCUAAAGUGUGUGGGGUUGGGGUUUCGGAAAGGGAGAUAUCCAAUUGUGGUCGUGUACUUGGAUGCGAUGCGGCUUCGUUCCCUUUCAAGUAUCUUGGGGUGUUAGUGGGUGCUAAUACGAAGCUCAAAAGGAAUUGGCAACCGGCUCUCUGGCGAAAGGUUAUCUGUGGGACGCACAAUCUCCAUACGAAACUUGUGGCUGCUCUCUCUAAGAAGACUAUUCAUGGAAUUUGGCAAAAUAUCGCUGAUGUGAUUUCUAUCAUCAAAGGAAUUGGCAUUCCUCUCUCUCAUAUUUUCAAAAUAGUUAUUGGUUCAGGUAGGUCUACGUUGUUUUGGCUCGACAACUGGACAGUCAGGAAGGGUAGGCUUGGGAGAUGUGUCCAAGGUCUAGAGAGGAAAUCAACGAUGUUGAUGCUUUGA